AUGGCUCAAAAAACCGUCGAUAGCAAGUUUUCGGAACUUGCAACUCAAUGUAUGACAACGCUAGACGAUCUCAUCAAUAAGGUUCCCAGCUCAACAGCAGAUGGAAGUCAUGUCUUGGCCGUUGACUUCCGCGGAAGGUUUCGGGUCUGGGCAGCAGACAUUGGAGCGCUGCAGUUGCCAUCAUCUCCAAAAUCUCCAGAUACCCGCGUCAGAGCGGCUAGCCAAAUGGGUUCGAGCAUUGUAUCUGGCCUUGUGAGAAUCAAUGAAUCGGGAACUACUGGAGUCAUCGAGAUCCUAAUAACGAUCAUAGCGCUCAAGAUUCUGACGGGCGAUUUGCCAAACAGACAAAGAUACACAACCCGUAAUGGUCGUUCCGAAAUAGAGAAAGACGAGCUGAGAGAACUGUUGAAGAAUAUUCAAUCAGCAGUUGAUCAUCUGUUCGAGCUCUCAAUUAUUCUUAGGAGACAUAAACCGCGAGGUCGUACGCUGCAUAUCGCCUUUGAACCCAGUACGUCUUCUCAAGACAUUACAAACGUUGGCGACAGAUAUCCGAAAGCGAGAAAUAAGUCUUGGCUGCUGCAACGUCUUGGUAAUGCUGUCAGCAUGCGCAGACAAUACAUACAGUACAGACAGAACCAUCGUCCCGGUCGGCCUGAGGGCAAAGGGAAGAAAAUCGGAGGUGCAGCGACGUCGAAAGCCACGACUUUCCUGGAGCCUGAAGACUUGUUGAGGUCCAUGCGAGCGUUCUCAAUACACACAUCCGUAACUUCAAUGGCGAGCAGCUUUGGCAUAAACGAAGACGGACAAAGCCUACGUGUCCCGCCGUUAACGGACAUGGUAUUGAAUGGCGUUGCACUAAAAUAUGGGGAAAAGUUUGAGUGUCCUUACUGCAGAACAAAAUGCAUGGUGGAAACACGAGACGAAUGGAAAAAGCAUGUUUUCUCAGACCUUCAGCCGUACGUCUGCACGUAUGAAGAUUGUGAACAACCGUUGCAACUUUUCGACAGUCGAAAUGCUUGGAUUAGGCAUGAGAGGGAUGUUCACUGCCGUGAAUGGUUGUGCAUACUUUGUGACCGCUCAGCUUCUUUCCGAAAUCGUGGCCAACUUGAGGAACACAUCUCGACAUAUCACCAGGGUAAAGUCACAGCUAACCAACUCCCCGUGAUUCUUGAAGCUUGUGGGCGUCUGAGGUUAGAUGAUGCCAUGCCCUGUCCUCUAUGUAUGGAAUCGAUGUCCGAGCCAGCAUCGCCGAGUAGCCAUGAAUUGUAUGCAAACCAUCUGGCGAAACAUUUGCGGCAAAUAGCACUCGCGUCCAUUCCAAUCUACAUAGAAGGCCUGCACACCAGAGGGAACCCCGAUAUAAUUGAACCCAACAACGACGAGAAACUUCUGCGAAUCUGCGAUAGC